AUGAGUGAGCUUUUUUUCGAUGAUUUUUUUAAGGUUGAGGAUGUAGACCCCGAUGGUAAAAAGUAUGACAAGGUUUCUCGGAUUGUUGCACGAAGUGAGAAGCAUAACAUGUACAUGCUUCUAGACGUAAAUACAGAGAUUUAUCCUAUCAACAGAAAGGAAAGAUUCUUGUUGGCUCUGUCUCCAUCUCUUAUUUUGAAUACCAAGGAUGGCCCAGUUUCAAUCCAAGAAAAGUUUGAAUACAUCAUGUAUGGAAGGUUAUAUGACAUUACAGCUGAUGGGCUUUCACGUUCUCCACCUGAAGUGGAGGUAUGCGCAUCAUUUGGCGGACUUCAGCUGAUGCUAAGAGGGGACCCUUCCCACUGUGUCAAGUUUGCAGUAGAUCAGAAGUUGUUUUUACUGAUAAGGAAGCUGGAAAGUUGA